CCGGGACAGAGCGCCGGGAGCCGCGCCGGGAGCCGCGCCGGGACGAGGCACCAUGCGGGCUGCGGGGCUGCUGCCGCUGCUGCUGCCGCUGCUGCUCGGUGUCAGCUCUCAGGAUGAGGUGCAGCCCGAAAACCCAGAUCCAAACCUGAUCACCGCCCCAGCAACCACCACAACCACAGCAACCACCCCACGCACAGCAACCACCACGACCACAGAAACCCCCACAACAACAGAAACCCCCACGACCACAACGACCACCACGACCACAGAAACCACCACGACGACCUCGCCUGCAACCACGACGGAAUCGCCGCCAGCCACCCCUGCAUCUACCACAGUCACAACCACCACCACCACCACCACCCCCGAGGCAGGAGAUGCUCAGCCCACUGUGCUGGCAACCACCACGACCCAAAGCAGCACCACCAUGACCAGCUCAGGAGUGUCACUGUCCCCCGUGGCCAAGUCUGCUGUCGCGGUGACAGGGAGUACCCUCCCAUCCCUGGGGAUCUCCCAGCCUGCCACCACCACCCCAGCCCUCACCUCUGUGCAGGACAGCUCCUCACACAGCCCCACGAGCCCCAGAACCACCACUUCUGCAGGCUCCACGGUUUCCCAGCAGCCCAGCAGCACAGCAGCCGUUUUGGGAAGCUUGGGGACCACUGCUGGUGCACAGCCCAUUGGACCUAAUGCAACCAAUCCUCCAGGAGCUGCAGGGGCUGUUGGCACAUCCUCUCCUGGCACUCAGCCUCAGGGAAACCAGCCUAACACCACUGUGAGCACCACAGGAACGAGGACUGACCCUCCCCAAAGCUCCAAGGACUGUGUUGUCCCUCCUUCCCAAUGUACCACCAAGCCUCCUUCUCCAGUCCAGGAAACAACCCUUUCCAGCAGUUCUGGAAGCACCAACACUUCUGUUGCCCCCCUGGAUGGAUCCCCAUCCCUCUCCACCACCCCGACACCACGACCUGGAAGCAAAGACACAGAGGCAGCUCCCACACCAGCUCCUGGGGCAGACCAGAGCACCCACGGUGUUGGAUCUGCAUCAGCCAAACCCACCAGUGCCUCCCAGAGCCCUGACAGUGCCCAGCCACCAGCUCCAGCCUCGGGGGACCAGGCAGACCCGGCAGAGAGCUGCAGUUCUGGCCUCCAGCACCCCAACAUUUCUCUCCCCAACAAGCUCAUCUGUGAGGACCAGGUGCAGUAUACCAGGCCCACCAUUCAGCUGAAGGAACCCAGAACAUGUGCUGAGCUGCUAACGUGCCUGGCAGCUUGGAAUCAAAGCUACAUGGCCACACAAAUGGGAGGAUUUUAG